AUGUCGCAACACCAUCAACAACAACAAUUCGAAUGUCCUCCGAGUAGUAACAACAACAACAGUGGCAAAAGCGUGUCGGGUGCUGUUGCUGCUACGAGUGGUACAUCUCACCUUCUCGCUCCUCAUUAUUCCCACAUCCAAAAUCUUGUUUCUGCAACGAGUUCGGAUGAUGACCUCUCUCAAGCCUCUUCUUCGACGAAUAGUAUGCAAGCACUUCUCUCGGGAGGAGGUGGAGCCGGAGCAGAAGAAGAACAUGUCGUCCCUCCAUCGAGUCAAAGUCAUCAUCGACUCGUGAAUACUUCAAAGAGUAGUACGAGUCAUCAUUGUAGUAUAAAUGAUAGUAGUAAUGAUGACUCGCCUGUCGUGGUUAUUGAAAUACCCAACACUAGUACAACAACCACCUCUUCCUCUACCAAUACGACCAUCGCUCCCAAUCCCAACAAUUCCAACAAUACAACAACAGACCACAACAAGCUUGUUGGCCUCACAGCACAACCCAUUACGAGUCUUGCCUUAUCGAGGGAGGAAUUUGCAAAAAGUACCUCUCAAUCGUAUCAUGUGCAUCCUCACACUGCUACUGGCAAUGAUGAUGCUGCAAUUACAACCCCUCCUAUCACUUCCAUUCCUCCCCGACCAGCCAUUUCCACGACGACGACCAUCACGAGUGCCUCGAAUCAACACAAGCCUCGUUAUGCUCCUACUACGGAACUCACGACUAUUGAAGAUGAUGACGAUGAUGAUUGGUCCAUCUCACUCGAUAUGAGUCGAGUUUAUUCAUCCAUGACCCAUCAUCAUCAACAAGCUCAUCAACCACCAGUUCAACAAGGCGACUCGGAAGAUGUCUUUGGAGUCAUGGUAGCCUCUCCCACCUCCACCAAUAAGAAGCAAGCAAGUUGUACGAGUCCCAAUAAGAGUAGUAGUAAUAAUAGUAGUCGUUUUUCCAUCAAGAGCCCGAUGGAGUCUUUUAGGAAAUUUGUUUCUCCGCGUUUUUCAAUGAGAAAAAGUGAAAGCAGUGUGCCGAGAAAGAGUGAAGCGUCGUAUGCUGAAAUUUAUAUGGAACAAUUUUAUAAUUGGAGAGCUGAGCAACAUAGUGGUGUCAUUGUGUCAUGGAGAGAUGUGACUUUUAAAGUUCGAAGAGAAAAGAGUUGGAUGAAUGAAAUGAUUUCUAAAGGUUUGAGAAAACAAAGAGAAGAAACAACGCCACAAGCUCAGAAAAAAGGAGAUUAUAUUACAAUAUUGAAUGGAAUUGAUGGAAUUGCCUAUCCAGGAUCAAUAUUGGCAGUGAUGGGCUCGAGUGGCGCUGGAAAAAGCUCGCUACUUAACAUUCUAGCUGGACAAGUGAAGCCAACAAGUGGACAAGUGAUUAUUAACGGAUUGGUAGUGAAACAACGUUUAAAAUCUCUAGUUGGUUACGUCUAUCAAGAUGAUAUGUUAAUGGGAAAUUUAACAGUACGGGAAACUUUAAGAUAUGCUGCCUUAUUACGAUUACCAGCUUCAACAAGUUAUGCUGAAAAGAUGGCCAAAGUGGAUCAAAUUUUACAAUUAUUGAAAUUGGACGUUUGUGCCGAUACGUUGGUUGGAGAACCUGGUCUCACAAAAGGUAUUAGUGGAGGUGAAAGAAAACGACUUGGUAUUGCCAUUGCACUUCUCACAAAUCCUCCUAUCUUAAUUUUGGAUGAGCCAACAACUUCCUUGGAUGCUAAAACUGCUCUUGAUGUUGUUGACACAAUUUCACAUGUUGCAAAACGUCACAACAUUACUGUCAUUAUGACCAUUCAUCAACCUCGAUCUGACAUUUUUGAGAAACUUGAAAAUUUGCUUCUUUUAACAAAUGGAAGGGUGGCCUAUUUUGGAUCAACUUCAAAAGUCUGUAAAUAUUUUAAAAAGAUUGGCUUUACAAUGAAUGAAAAUUAUAAUCCAGCCGACUUUGUGAUGGACUUGAUCACCGAGGAUACUCAAGCCAUUUUUGCUCAAGAAAAAACCCUUCAAAGUGAGCAAGAAAGAAUUUCAAAAAUUGUCCAAAAGUUUGAGGAGAAGAAAAACAAUAUUAUUCCUUCGCUGCACGACACGUUUGAACUCAAGGAAUGCUCCUUACCUAAGGUGGAACGAUCAAGUUGGAUGACUCAAUUUUUUGUCAUGCUUGUUCGUGGCUUUCUCAACCAGUGGAGAGAUUUCAAGUAUACCAAAAUUCGUAUUUUACAGCAAAUAAUUUAUGCAAUUUUAGUCGGAUUUAUUUAUUUUCAGACAAAGAAUGAUCAGAACUCUGUUCAGAACAAGUUGGGAUUACUCUUCUUUGUGGUAACAAAUCAAUGGUCCAACUCCUUUGGAACACCUAUUUCGAUAUUUCGAGGAGAACGGCUUUAUUUUAUGCGAGAACGAGGAGCGAAAUGCUUUUCUAUAAGCAGCUAUUAUUUUGGAAGAUUACUGGCAGACUUGGUAUUGAUUGUUCCGCAUCCCGUGUUCUUUGGAACCAUCGUUUACUUACUUGCAGGAUUGACUCUUACCAUUGAGCGAUAUCUUGUAUUCAUUUUCAUUGUUUUAAUCUUGUCACAAACAGCCCAUGCUUUUGGAACAGUUCUAGCGAUAUUAGUGCCGCGUUCGGACGUUGCCACCAUGUUGCUGCCUCCAAUUUCCACAACCUUUCACGUAUUUUCCGGAUUUUACAGAAAUAUUGAACAAAUUCCAGUGUGGUUAUCUUGGUUCACUUACUUUUCUCCUUUCAACUAUGGAUUUAAGGCACUGAUCAUUAAUGAAUUUCAAGGACGAACCAUCGAUUGUCCAUCAAAUCCAAACGAAAUUUGUCGAUUUCCAAACAUUGAUUUCAUUUUAGAGUAUUAUGGUAUGAAUAACGACCUCUUAAGCAUGUGGAUCAAUAUUGCCAUUGUAUUGGGAAUCUCGGUAGGAAUGAGAAUUAUUGCCUACUUGUCUCUCAAGUUUUUGGUCAAAUCCAGAAAGGGAGCUUAA